GGAAAGUUGCGAAGAUUAACGGAGAUUGCCGGAGGAAAAUAAACAAGAAACAUGGCGCCAACUUUGAGUUGAGAAAAAAUUGGAUUUAUUGAGACAGCAGAAGGAGAAUGUCUAGCCCUGAUGAAAGGACAGUGACCAUCAGUGGGGUCAAGGUUGUGUUUCCAUGCAAACCUUACCCAUCACAGUUUGGUAUGAUGGACCGGGUGAUAAAGGGUUUAGAGAGGAAACAAAACAGUUUGCUGGAGAGCCCUACAGGAAGUGGAAAAAGUUUGGCCCUUUUAUGCUCAGCAUUAGCUUGGCAGGUAGCUCAAAAUGAGAAGAUCACGAGGGAAAAUCUUGCUGCUAGCACAGGUGGCUGCAGUAAACCUUGCCAGUGUGGUGCUGCUGAUAGUAAAAGGUCCACAGAAUACUCGCCAGAGUCGAAGCCCGGAUACAGUGCGAAUAAAGGAGAUGACAAAGUUAUAGAACUGAGUGAUGAUGAUAUGAAAUGUGAAGAUGACGAUGACGAUUUUAAACCCUCGUCUAAGAUGCGAACACCAAGUGUGGCACAGGGUAAGAAGAGAAGACACCUAGGUAUAAAGUAUGAGGAUGACACAGAAUGUUGUACAGAAAGUCUACCUGUAAAAUGUACAUGUAACAGUACAGGACAGAAUGAACCAGCCAAAAAACAGAAAUAUUUGUCUCCACCUCUGAUUCAUGUGAAGAAGUUGUCAAAUAAGGGAGCAGAUAAAGCAAAGCAAAGUUUGAAAACCAGUCUCUAUACUGCAGCAUCUGGGUGUUUCUUUGCUUGUUCUUGA